AUCUCUCAUCCACAUUCCGGACCGCGACCCCUUGUAUUGUUAAUAUAUGAUUGGCCUAUCCAUUCUUCUAUUAUCUAUGAUUUAAACUUGCUUUGAUUCUUUUGAUUACAAUCAAUACUCCAUUAUUAAGACGUCACGGUUAUAGUCUGAGCGUUUCAAUGUGCCAAGACGAACGCACUCAUUAUUACACUCGUUGUGUUAUCAUCAUAGUAUCAUAAUUAUCGAACAGCGUCUGUCAUGAUAAGCACCGAUAGUAAUUAUUGACUCCAUCCGUACUGAUAACCGAUUGCGCGGUGAAGAACACGUGUUUGUAUUUAUGUUACCGGUAUAGCGACACGACUGUUGAUUUUCACCGGUCGUUGCUGUUCAACCAAAUCGAGUUCAUCCGUAGAAUUCCGUAACGGUAUGUCGGCGUUUGAAUAUUACGCCAACGCGGAUUUGUCCGUGAACAAGAAACGGAAAAAGAAGAAGAAAUCGAGGAGCAGCGUUUCGAAUAAAAAAAAUAGAAUUGAAAACCAGGUAGUCGACAAACCGAAAAUAACUGGCUACAAGGACUUGAACAGUAUUUACAAUCUGAAUUUGAAAAAUUCAACCAAGACCGGAAAAAAGCUGUUUGAAUGGUUGAUACAUCCAAUCGAUGUAGAAGACUUUAUGAAAAAUCAUUGGGAAAAAUCCACGUUACACGUGCCCAGAAACAGUCCAAAUUACUUUUCCGAGUUGUUCUCCCUUAUUGAAUUGGAUAAAAUUCUGCUGGAAAAUAAUCUUCAAUAUGGUACAAAUGUAGAUAUAACAUCAUAUGUAAAUAAUGUACGUGAAACACAUAAUCCAGUUGGCCGUGCUUUUCCGCAUGUCGUUUGGGAUUAUUACAAUAAUGAGUGUAGCGUACGACUGUUGAACCCUCAGCUAUUUGCUCCAAAAAUUUACAAAUUCAUGGCCAAUUUACAAGAAUAUUUUGGCUCAUUAGUAGGUUGUAAUGUUUACCUUACGCCACCAUUUUCUCAAGGAUUUGCACCACACUAUGAUGAUAUUGAAGCAUUUGUAGUGCAAGUCGACGGGGAAAAACAUUGGAGAGUGUAUAAACCACGAAGUAACUUUGAAGUCUUACCUAGAACUUCAAGUAGAAAUUUUCAUCAGGAUGAAAUAGGUGAUCCAAUUCUUGAUGUUAUAUUAAGAGCUGGUGAUUUUUUGUACAUGCCUAGAGGUUAUAUUCAUCAGGCUGACACUUUAUAUACUGAAACACAUUCUUUGCAUUUAACAUUUUCAACAUAUCAACAAAACACUAUGUAUGAUUUUCUUAAAGUGGUGGUUGAAGAUUCCUUAAAUAAUGCUGAAAAGAAUGAUGUAUCUUAUCGAUCUGGAUUACCCAUUGGAUAUCAACAUUUAGGAGGAUUAUGUGAAUCCGAAAAAUCACAACCUCAUUCUGCCCAAAGACAAUUGUUUGAAAAUCAAGUUAAUAAUCUUAUAAAAAAAUUAAAAAAUUACAAUAACCUUGAUCAUGCUAUUGAUAAGUUUUCAUUGCAAAAUUUUUAUACCAAUUCAUUACCACCUUCAAUUAAUGAUGUUGAACUGCCUUGUAUGGUUACUAAUGGUACAAAAAUACAAUCAAAUGGAAAAACAACAAAAGGUGUGGAUCUUGAUAAUGCAGAAGUUAAACUCAUAAGAAAAAAUAGCGUAAGGCUAAUCGAAGAAACAGUUUUAAAUGAAGAAACUGAUCAAAUGACAAAUGAGAUAAGAUUGUAUUAUACUCUUGAUAAUUCUAAAGAAUUACAUAAUAAUGAAUGUCAGUUUGUUGUCAUACCAGAUGAAAUGGGGUUGUUUGUUAAGCAACUAUUCAAUACUUAUCCCACAUUUAUUAAAGUAUCUGAUUUAUGUGAUGAUAAUGAACAGGCUUUACAACUUGUGAACGACUUAUGGGAACGAGGAUUGUUAAUCACAUCAAAAAAUAUUACUUAUGAAUCAGAUAAUUAAUUGUAAAAAUAUGUUUAAAAU